UCCCCAAGGUGGGCGACCGACAAGAUGAUGGCUUCGCUAACAAUUUCUACCCUUCGGAGAAAGGGUGAACAACAAACACGCGGCCGGUCUCGAACCCGGAUCGAUCUAAGCGUGGUAAUGCCACGUGCGGGCGUCAUGGUCGACAGCACCCUUGCCCGAAUCCCCUUGUCACUUGCCAUCGUCGUUGACGACGACCAACUUCACCGCCGCCGCUCUCGCCAUCGCUGGCGCGCAUCGAGCGUCCGCUCCUGUUGCCGCCACCAUGUCCAACCCCAGCACGCCCAACCCGUUCGCGCUGUCUAUCGGCCACAUUCCACCCGAGCUUGUCGGUGAAAUCUUUCUGUUUUACCAGGCCGCCAUGGAGGCCGACGGCGCGAAUCCUCUAAUCGCCGCGCUCCCGCUGACCGUCGUGUGCCGUCGCUGGCGCGAGAUCGCACUCGCCGAGCAGGCCUUGUGGUCCGCAGCGUUCCUCGGCGCCUCGGCCCGCGAGUCGCUCGCCGCACUCGCCGUAUCGCGCUCUGGGCAGCGCCCCCUGCGCGUGCACCUCGCCGGCUCCCGCCUCUCCUACCCGCCCCCUGGCCCGCGCACCCAGCCCGCCCCCGCUUGGGACGCCCUCCUCGCCACGCGCCCGCGCUGGGCCGAGCUCUCCUGCCCGCCCCACCUCCUCGAUCUCCUCCUCGCCCCGCCCUCCCAGCUCGCCUCACUCGCCCGCCUCACCCUCGUCGACCCGCACAAGGCCUUCCUCUUCCCCUCCACCCUCGACGGCCUCCGCACCGCGCCCCGCCUGCGUGCCGUCACGCUCAAGGGCAUCGCCAACACGCUCGCCGCCCCGCUCCCCUGGGCCCAGCUCACGGACUUUACGGCGGACUAUCUGGCGUACGACGGCCUCUUCCGCCUCCUCGCCCUCUGCCCGUCGCUCGAGCGCCUGUCGAUCAUGGCGCACAAGGCCCCCGUGUCGGGCCUGCGCUUCACGCACGCCCGCCUGCGCGCCCUCGACCUCGCGGCGGCGGACGUGUCGCAGCUCGCGUGCGUGCUCGCGCGCCUCGAGCUGCCUGCGCUCCGCACGCUCGCCCUUCGGCCCGUGGACACCGGCGCGCCGACCUGCAUCCCCGAUCCCGCACAGCGCCGCAUUCGUGCGUUCUUUGAGGUCCACGGCCCGCGGCUGCGCUCCCUCGCGCUCGCGGGCGUCGGCCUGUAUCUGCACGUCCUGACGGCGGUGUUCCGCGCCCUCCCCGAUCUCCGCAAUCUCGCGAUCGACGAGGUGCACGGCUGGACGGCGGCGGACGCGCGCGGGCUGCUGCGUCGGCCGGAGCUGUUGCCGAAGUUGGAGAGCUUGACGUACACGUUCGCGAUGCAGAACAGCCUGGCGCGAUUUGUGGCGGACGUGGUUGACAUCGUGAAUGUACGUUGGGAGAGGCCGCCGCCGCCACGGUGGGCGCAGCCGUCGCAGGAAUCAUCGGCACCGCGAGCGACUGUAUACAAGACGCCCCGGUCGCCUACGACCCCGCCACCCCCAUCCCCCUCACCCUCGCCAUCGCCUGCUACAGCCACCGAGUCGCCAUCAACGCCCCCUGGCGCCACGCCCGCCUCGCCCUCACCCACUGGGCGCCCGAUAACACAUCCGAGUACCCCUGUCCCGCAACGCAAUAGUCUGGGACCGACAAGUAGUGUCUUGAUGGCCGCUGCCGCCGCCAACGCAGCUGCCAGUUCGUCCAAUGUAUCAGCGCACGAGGAUGAAGAGAUGCGUAGUCCAGGAAGCUCACGCGACGCUGAUGAGGCGCCUGUACGUGCGCCAGGAACGAGGACCCUCACACGACAGACCGGCACGGUGUCUCGGGGUGCUUCGCCUGCGCCGUCCUCGUCCUCCUUGGCGUCCUCAAUCAAGCAGCCAUCGACGCCGGGGCCGACACGUAGUGUGCAGCUGAGCGCAUCCCAUACAUCGGACGCUAUCCCAGGUCCUUCGCUUCUCACAUCACCGACGCCCUCGACUUCGCACUCCUCUUCUGCGGAUGACCUAGCUCCCAAACCCACCGACGGUCUUGCGACUUCCACCCCUUCAAAUCGCCCUUCCACAUCCUCUUCGAGCCUCAGCGAUCUCACACCUUCGCAAGAGAGUCCAUCUACUCCACCUAAACCAAGCGGUCCUACUCCCUUUACUGGCUACUACCCUCACGCACCGCCUCCAUCGUUCCACUCUGCUACGCACCCGCGCGCCUUGCGUACGCUGUGUAUAUCGGGGCAGGGUGGGCUGUGGCAUGACACCUCACGAGCCGGGGGCGCACUGCGUGCGCUCAGGGGUGCGAAGGCGGCGGGCCUAGAUGUGAGGGUGAGGGUCGGAGGCAGGGUGUGGGUUUAGCAUGGAGCGGUGAUGUACGACAGCGGUGGUGUCAGACAAGGGGGUCAUGGGCGAAGAAAUGUUGUGCUUGUAGAUUCGGCAGCGAUGAUAUCGUUUUGCUAUACCCCGAAGAAGGGUCAUCUUGACCCGCGCCCUCCCUGAAAGCGAUCCCUUUCGCUGACUUACGACGAAUAACGCCGGGGCAUUCCGUCCUCACACGAUGCCGUGCCCCUCCUCACGCCCUUGCAUAAACAUCGCAAAUGGACCGUCCAUACUCUCUUGGACUCGUUAUGCAUCCGUCUAUUCUCGCAUGGUAUCAUAUAUUCAACCCUUUCCUCCACCGAACUCGCUUCCCUCACCCUCAUGCCCUCCAUCGUCUCCCUCUUCUCGCUCCAUCUUCCUUUCAUCCCCAUCGUCAUCCCUGCCCUUUCCUCUCCCAUCCACACUCACCUCACCGGCAUCGAUCUCUGUUUUUCUUUUACUUGCACGUAAUUAUGCUCUCAUCUUCCGCAUCAUCCCCUCACUCUCACUGUCUUUGCCGAUGCGCCUACUGACUGUCUGCGCUAUCUUCCAUCGUAUAUAUUCCGUCGUAAUACUCUGUCUGCAUAGGUAUCUGAUAUUUGCAUGCUCUGAUUUUCCUCUCGAA